UCCUUCAUAGAUAGGCGGCUUGUGUGCAGCUAAAAAUAAGUGACGCCGAGAAGAAAUUAUCUACUGUACAAAAUUACAUAUAUAUUAACCCGUUAAGUUAAACAGAUACAUACCAGAUAUCAUUGUUAUCAUACAAAUUAAAGAGAACUCCUGGUCAAGACUGAAUAUUUACAGAGACUGGUGUACCCACGUUCUGCCCUGAUUUUUGAAGCAUAUUUAAGGGCCCUUUGUUUUAGACUCUUACUGCCUGUUCAGAAAGUUUGGUAUCCUGUCACUGAGUAUGUCAGUGGCUCUUCUCGUGCGAUAUGCCACGCUCAGUGGAUCCCGUGUCUGCUGCAGGGCUGCCCUCGGCCUAACCGGCAUCCACCAACAAGACCCAAAACGGGCUCUACACACGCCAUCAUCUCCUCGGUGCAGCAACUCUCGCUUUGAUCCGGACAGCAGUGGGCUUCCAACUACCUGGGACUCGUUUGGGAUCUGGGACAACCGCAUUGAUGAGCCCAUCUUGCUUCCGUCGAGCAUCCGAUAUGGUAAACCUAUUCCCAAAGUUAGCCUGUCCAAGGUGGGCUGUGCAUCGCAGAUUGGCCAGCGGAAGGAGAAUGAAGACCGCUAUCAGCUAUCGCAGAUGACGGACAACAUCAUGUACUUUGCAGUGUUUGAUGGGCACGGAGGUGCAGAGGCUGCUGACUUCUGCCACAGAAACAUGGAGAAGCAUAUUAAAGACAUUGCAGAGAAGGAAGAUAACUUGGAAUUAGUUUUAACCAAAGCAUUUCUUGAGGUGGACAAAGCGUUAGCAAGGCAUCUUCACUUCAGUGCAGAUGCCUCUCUGUUGAGUGCAGGGACCACGGCCACUGUGGCCCUGCUGAGAGAUGGGAUCCAGCUGGUGGUGGGCAGCGUGGGGGACAGCCGAGCCAUGCUGUGCCGCAGAGGCAAAGCCCUCAAACUCACUGUGGAUCACACGCCUGAGAGAAAGGAUGAAAAAGAGAGGAUACGGAAGACUGGAGGUUGUAUUACGUGGAACAGUUUGGGUCAGCCUCACGUCAAUGGCAGACUGGCCAUGACACGCAGCAUUGGAGAUUUCGACCUCAAGACGUCAGGUGUCAUUGCAGAACCAGAGACUAAGAGGAUUUCAUUGCAUCACGUCCAUGACUCCUUUCUGGCACUCACCACUGAUGGCAUCAACUUCAUCAUGAACAGUCAGGAGAUCUGUGACAUCAUUAACCAAUGUAACGACCCUAAAGAGGCUGCGCAAUGCAUAUCUGAGCAGGCUCUUCAAUACGGAUCUGAAGACAACAGCACUAUCAUUGUGGUGCCGUUCGGUGCCUGGGGCAAGCACAAAAGCUCUGACGUGAGCUUCUCCUUCAGUCGCAGUUUCGUCUCCAGUGGCCGUUGGGCCUAAU